AUGGAUGACUUCAAUAUAAUCGCUCUCAAGCGUUUUGUAAGUCCAUCCACGCUGCUGAGUCUUGCUGGUCUUUGGCUUGGUUAUCGUGUCGCUCUCGCCCUUUACAAUAUUUCUCCUCUCCACCCACUCUCCAAGUUUCCUGGACCAAAGAUUGCCGCUGCCUCUUAUGUUUAUGAAGCCUACUAUGACUGGAUCCUUCAAGGCCGUUAUGGCAAGAGGAUAGAAAAGAUGCAUGAGAAAUAUGGUCCCAUCGUUCGCGUUAGUCCUGAUGAACUACACUGCAGCGAUCCGUACUUUGCAGAUGAGAUCUACACUGGAAAGCCAGGUCGAAUCCGCGACAAGUGGGAGCAUCAUCUAAAGAUUGCAGGUGCUGGCCCAGCCUCAAAAGCAACAGGCACAGCUGGACCUCACGAGCUUCAUCGCAAGCGCAGAGCUGCCCAUGCUCGUUUCUUCUCACGCGGACAGGUGCUUAAGCUCGAAGACGAAGUUCUUAGGUUCGCUGAGCUCUUUAUCCAGAAAAUGCUACGCUGGACAGGAAAAGAGGCUUUUGAAGUUAAGGGUGCCUUCAAUUGCUACACCGCCGAUGUCUUUUCUCAGUACGCGUUUGGAGAGCCCAUGGGCUUUAUCGCGCAGGAGGGCUGGGAGCCAAACUUUGGAACUUGGACUUCAUCAUUUUUGAAAACCACUUACAUGAUGCGCCACAAUGCGCUGGCUAGACGACUGGCUGAUGUCCUCCCCAUAUUCGCUGACUAUAUGGGCGAGGAUGUCAAGAGGAUUAUGCACCAGAUGAAUAUAGUAAUACCAGCUUACAUAAAGACAGCUCUGGCAAAUCCCGAUGGAGGUCGAGUUUUCAAUGAGAUACUUAACUCCAAUGUCUUGCCUGAAGAGGAGAAGAGCAUGUUUCGUCUCUCGGGCGAGGGUUUCGUCUUUCUUCUUGCUGGAACAGAAACCACUGCCGCUAUCCUUACUGUUAUGACAUUUCACAUGCUCCACCAACCGAAGAUCUACGCUCGUUUGAUGAAAGACCUUGAAGGCAUUGACCCCAACAAUCUUAAGUGGGCACAGCUCGAGCAGAGACCCUACCUCUGGGCCCUCGUUCAAGAGUCUUUGAGGCAUCAGCCUGGCGCGGCAGGUCGAUCAGCUCGUAUCGCCCGUGAGGAGGAACUCUACUACAAGAGUCAAGAUGGCAAGACGCAAUAUGUUAUCCCUCGAGGCACACCUGUCAGCAUGACAGCCAUGAUUAACCACUGGGAUACCCGUCUGUUUCCCAACCCUGAUGCUUUCGAUCCUGAGCGAUGGCUUCUGCCCGACGGCAAGCCUGAUUAUACAUUGCAGAAAUUCCUAAUCUCUUUCUCAAAGGGGUCAAGAGUCUGCGUUGGAGAGAGUCUUGCCCUGUGUGAGGUCUAUAUCAUGGCCGCCCUUAUGGCGUUUCGAAUUAUUCCUAAAGCGGAACUGUUCGAGACUACGAUUGAAGACCUUACAUAUGACCACGACUUGGUUGUAUUGCAGACAAAGAAGGGACAUAUUUCGACUCGAAUCAAGCUCUCCUGA